AUGACGCCCAGUCCAAGUCCAAGUCCCAGGCACUCUAGUGUACGACCAUCUCACUUGCCGCUUCAAAAUAUUAGUUCCAGACCACUGGAACCCAAUACAGUUCAUCGGUUAGCGCCAAAUAGAAGUAUGUUACAUUCCAGACAAGCCAGCAAUAAUAGCAAUCAGCAGUCAUCUUUGGAUGACUCCGGGGUGGUAGACGAUCAUGACGGCGACGAUGUCACGUCCGCUGAGGAACAUGAUAAGCGCGAGUUACGGGAACAUCGUGUCGAGAAGUCACAGGAGAAAUCCCCAAGGGAACACAGUAGAAUCCAAUCGAUCCAGCAAAUGCGCCCAGAUUGUCCACCGGCGCCGGUCACAGUAUCGGUGAGGACCGGCAAUCGAGAGAUUCGAGUACUCAAAUGUAACGGGGUAAAAACCAAGAAACAUAUGUAUGCGCUGCCGCCAGAGUAUCUGUCGCAUAUUGUAGUUUUAGACGAUCUUCCAGAUAGAAAUUGCGAUAAGUGUAUUCAAUGCUGCGUUGAUUACGAAGGAUGGCUAAGAUUUCAGAAUUGUCUAUAUAAGGGUUGGGUAAUAACUAGUUAA